AUGGCACUGCAAAUGAAAAAACACCCAGGGCAGCUCACCGUCGUCAUAAAACUCGGAACCAGCUCAAUCGUGGAUGAAAAAACGCACCAACCUCUCCUCUCUAUUUUAUCUGUCAUCGUCGAAACAGCCGUAAAACUCCACGCUGAUGGACACCGCGUUGUUCUCGUUUCCUCUGGCGCCAUUGGCGUUGGCCUGCGUCGCAUGGAUCUCGACAAACGGCCGAAACACCUCCCUAAGAUACAGGCUUUAGCUGCGAUUGGGCAGUGUCGGCUGAUGAGUCUGUGGGAUCAACUGUUCGGGCAUGUACGACAGCCAAUUGCGCAGAUCUUGUUGACGAGGAACGACAUUGCGGAUCGGACCCAGUACCAGAAUGCGCAGAACACUUUUUUUGAACUUCUGAAUAUGGGGGUUAUUCCGAUUGUUAAUGAGAACGAUACAUUGGCCGUGACGGAAAUAAAGUUUGGAGACAAUGAUACUCUGUCUGCUAUUACGGCGGGAAUGGUGCAGGCGGAUUAUCUGUUCCUUAUGACCGACGUCGACUGCCUGUAUGACAAGAACCCGCGGACGAACCCGGACGCGAAGCCUAUUCCUGUUGUGGAAGAUAUUGCGGAGCUGGAAGCUGAUGUGUCGAGUGCCGGUUCGGCUCUAGGGACUGGAGGCAUGUCGACGAAGAUUGUAGCAGCAAGGUUGGCGACCUCCGCCGGUGUGACGACGGUCAUUACGAAAUCUUCGAAGCCGGGGAACAUUACCGCCAUCAUCAAGUACGCGGAGUCGCAGAAGACUACGCGUCUAUCGAGUCGGAACAGUGUUGUCAAUCUACAGGAAGAGGGGGCAUCUCUGGCACAGAUGGCAGCACUCAAUCUGCACUCUGCGAAUCACGCCCUGGCUACACCAUUGACAUCAACGCCCCACGAUACUCCCGCAAGAACUCCUUCUCCCCAGAUCGACCUGCUCCAAGACCCUCCACGACAUACCCGCUUCCUCCCUAUUCCACACCCGAUCCGAGACCGCUGGUUCUGGAUCCUGCACGGCCUCGCACCGCACGGAACAAUCUACAUCGACGAAGGAGCACGGUGCGCUCUGCAUGACAAGGCCGGACUUCUCCCCGUAGGCGUAGUCGACGUCGACGGAAAUUUCGCGCAACAAGAAGCCGUACGCAUCGUCGUUGUAAAAAGACUCCCUCAAUCCUCCCCAUCACACUCUAACUCUCAGCCGCCAUCAUCACCUCCCACACCAUCUCGCCACUCCUACAUCCAUAGCAACAGCAACCACCACAACCACGUUCACACCCACACUCACAUGCACAACCACGCCACACUCGCACAUUCACACUCCCACUCUCCCGCUCUCACACCUCAGCACCCUCCCCCAUACGAACUCCACAACCCCGCCCCCUAUGAAAUCGGGCGCGCGGUUAUCAACUACUCGGCGGCCGAAAUUCGCCGUAUCAAGGGCCUACACAGCACACAGAUCCACGAUGCUUUAGGGUACGCGGAUAGCGAGUAUGUUGCGCUGAGGGAGAACGUGGCUUUUUUUGGGCUUGAGAGGAGUAGACCUAGCACACCGAGUUUUGGGCGGAGUACUAGUGUUACGAGUGAACCGGCUGGUGGGGAGCAUUAGAUUGGUUUUAGAUUGGCAAAAGAGUUUGGAGUUUGAGUGAGUUGGAAAAGUGAGAUUGUGAAUUGGAGUUGGAGUUGGGAUUAAGGGGAUUGGCAUUUGGGGCGUUUGCAUAAAAUAUAUAUACAUAUUAUUUUCCUUUCUUUUUUUUUUUUUAAUUCUUCAUUCUUCAUUAGAAAGUUGGCUCAGCGCGAUUCAUUGAUUUGCCUCUGAGCGGGCUGUUUUGCAUCUUAGAGCAUUUAGGAUGAGAAU